AUGACGUAUUUUAUUCUUCAACUUUCAGACCCAUCAGGUGGUUUCAUUGCGACAGUGCGUGUGUGCGAAGUUGAGAAUAAGAUCUUUCUUGCAUUCCUCGGCAUAGAGGAAUUCGAAACCUUUUUCAAUAGCUAUAUUACUGUCUACUUCUCACACGGUGGCACCUGGAAAAACAUCGACAGAAAUUGCAUUCAGCCACAGCGGUCUAGUCCGAUGGAAAUCAAGGCGGGUGGACUGGAUGAGGUGGAAAUCGUUUGUGCUCGUAGGACGACCUGCAGACUCGAUCCAAUAGUUUGUGUUUGUGUUGCGGCAACUACCAAGUAUUUUUCUAACAAUGCUGCACUUCAAAUGCGGCAGCUCAAUGUGCUGCUCCCACACUCCAAACUCCAAUUGUGGUGGCGAAUGUAG